AUGUCGGUUGAUCAUAGGGAUGCGCUCUUAUGGUCUCAGAAAGACAACUGUAGCAAAGAGGACUAUUCAAUUACUGCUCGGCCCUUUCUCGACCACCCUAUUGCCGGUGCUGACAUCAGUUGCAAAGCAGAGCCCCAUAUGGGAUCUUGGUCCGGAUUGACUCCUGUUAAGGAUUCUUCUCCCAGCUCCACAGAGCCCACUUCCAUGUUGAGUGAUAAAAGUAGUUCUCGGGGAACGCUAGAAACCAAAAAUUCUGAAAAUACUUGUUUUUCAACUGACACUGAGCACCCUGCAAGCGAGGGUUCAUUAUCACCUUCGCCAUCUCAAUUUCCCACUUCCACCUCUAACGUAACGCCAAAGGCGAACUCUGCUAAGUGUGAUAAUGAGAUCUCAAAUUCUCCACAUGUCAUUUCUUCUCCUCAAACGGUUUACAAAGAACACUACACUUCCUCUGAUUCGUCCGUUAAUAAUUCAGCUGUUUCUAGUCGUUCCUCAUCUCUUUAUAACUCUAACCCUGAUUAUUAUCAUGAUUUAUCGCAAACUCGAAUUGGAUUUGCCCCGGUCAGUAUGGUCAAGACACCCUAUCCUCGUAUUCCGAAUGGAUAUACUGCCACCGGUUCUGACUAUCAUACUGAUGGAAAGAAAUUUCCACCACGGACUCACUUGCCUACGGAUGUCUAUCUUCAACACCCUAGAAAACCGUCUUUGACCUAUUCAAGUAAUGAUGUAUUUCACCAUCCUGUUCCAAUGAAAUAUCCGAAUUCCUAUCAUCCUAUUCGUCCACCGUACUUUUUCAAAGCGAAUAAUCGACCUGGAAUCCCAUCCACAUCUCCUCAUCAUGUGGAUUAUCUUGAAGCACGCAGACGUCUUGAAAUGCAACAGCAGCUUCAGAUGUAUCAACUAAAUCGACGACUUCCUUUGUCUUCAACUGGUCGAGAAUUCCUGCAUCAACAGGUGCAAGAUCGACUUCGGCACUCCUCCUGUCCCUAUCUUCCAGAUUCAUAUAAUUUCAGAUCGCGUGGACCGUCAUCAGACUAUGUGUCGCCACAGUAUCCUGUUAGUGGUAGAUUCCCUAGUGCCAUUGGGAGUAAUUCUUGUGGAUCAACUCGUUUUGCUCCUCCUUACCCUUUACCCACUGAUACACAGCACUACUAUCUUCCAUUUUCUGUCAAUCUAGAAGGUCCCAAGAAACGCAAUUCAUCUCCGCGCGGCUUUAAACGCAAACGGUCACCUUCUGGUAGUGAUGGUAAAUUUUCUCCCUUCAAAUCGAAUGCCGAAACGGCACAGCAUACACUCCUUCUAAACCGGUUAUUGUCUAUUAACGCUUCUCAGUAUGUGUCCUGGCCUGCGCUUGAAAAUCCUAUUGAUAUAAAUCCUCCGGAGCCUGCUUUGAAGAGAAAGGUCCCCUGUCAUGAUGUUUCAUCAAAUCCAGAUCUGACCAUAACCUCCAAACAGGCUCGCAAAUACGCUUCUUUGCCAUUUAUUCUUCGUUCUCCCUCAAAUCCCACUCCCAGAGAUCUUCUUUCCUACCUGCGUUCUGAAAAAAAGAUUGAACUUGACUUGCGGCACAAUCUUUUAAGUGAAGCUCUUUCUGAUGCAAUCUCUCGAUCGUAUGACUCCCAAUUACACACCGUUCCUCCUUCCCCAUUAGUCCGCUCGAAUUCCCCUGAUCCUCUUAAUCUUUUCUCUUCGAUGAAGAUUGGAAAUUCAACGGAAUCACCUGUAGCAGCAGGAUCUUCGUCAGAUAUCUUCCUACCACCUGCCAAACGACGUCGGAUUUCACGAAGUGUACUGGAAAGAUUACAGGUUCCUGACGAGGAAGAAAUGAAAGAACGAAACAUCAUACCGUCCCAUUGUGCCCAUUCAAAACAGUAUCCGGAGGAGCGCUUGACUAUGGAGAGAAUCAGGUCCGCUGUGACAUUUGUCCAGAUUUGCCAACACUGCAAAAUGCAGAUCCUUUUCGCUACCAAUCCUGCCACUAAAUCCGAAGAGACAUUUUGUAGCGAAGCCUGCGUACGAAAUCAUCAACUUCAGUCACUUCCAAAAGUGCUUCAUAAACCUACUAACCAUUCUACGCACCCAUCUGCUAUUGGCGUGUCGGUUAUGCUUCAAAGCUAUCCCCCUAAACUAUGCAAAAAUAAGCCACAACAACAAGGGUCUUCCGUUCUCAAAUCCGCCAAUAAAUGUAUUGGUCGUAAAGCAUUUCUUAGUACCCCGGUGAGGAAGUGGAAGGGAUCUCGUUGGUCAGUUCACUCUUCUUUGGCCAGAAUGGCUCGCGCAAGCAUCUCAAAUAAUACUGAAUCCUCUAAACCUGAUAUGGAGCCGAAGGGCAUCUCUACUGCGUUUGAACUCCUGCAUAAAGGUGCUCUUCCAAAGUGUGUUUUGUGUAAAUGUGAUAGUGAUUCGGCAAGAAUUCCCAUUGUUGGUCGCCUCUUGAACUAUGCUUGUGACAAGUGGAUACAUGCUAAUUGUAUUCUUUGGUGCUAUGGUGUGAGUGAGACGAUAAAUGGUUGCUUCAUGAAUGCUGCUAAGGCGCUUGAUCAGGCAAAGGAUCAAGUGUGCAAGGGGUGUUCUCUUACCGGUGCUGGUUUACCCUGUUUUGCUGCAGAAUGUGCUGAUUAUUUCCAUAUUUAUUGUGCUUAUAGUGGUGGCUGCUCCUUCUAUGGUGACAAGAGUAUGUAUUGUCCUAAGCACAAAGGUCAGGCUCCUGCAGGGUCCUUAUUAAAUGGUUUUGAAGUUGAUCGAAAAGUCUAUCUAGAGAGAGAUGAAUAUGCUCUAGUUGAGCAAGUGAUCACCUCCCAGUGUCUAACUACAUCAGCAGAUAGACUUCUUUUACGCUCUGGUACACUUGUUCUCAAUUCCCUUGGUCAGCUAUUACCUGACCACGUGGAUUGCGGCCGAUUUCACACACCUGAUCACAUUUAUCCCGUUGGCUUCUCAACCACUCGCAUUUAUUGGUCCUUUCGGAGACCAAGGCAUCGGUGUCAUUACUUGUGUACGAUUGCAGAUUCUAACCAACAGCGGCAGAGUUCGAAUGGCAGUGAUAACUCUGAAUUUCUUGAUGAACCUCCGUCUGUUCAUCCCUCACCCAUUUUUUCAAUUACUGUCAAAGAGCGUGGUUACCCGGAUAUUUGCUUUAAAGCGAGUAACUGCAAUACUGUAUGGCAGCACAUCCUUCGAAUGGUUUCCGAUUCACGUAAAAGGCUAAUUCCACAUGUUCGUAGAGUAAAUCCGGAGGCAAUGAGUGGAGAAUCGCUCUUUGGUCUGAAUGAGUCUCAUAUUGUUCGGGCGAUCGAGUCAUUACCAGGAGCCGAACACCUUCCUGCACAUACUUUCAAGUUUGGCAAGAUGGAACUCAUCUCCCGAAUGCCCGUGAUGAUAAACCCCACUGGCUGUGCACGAGCAGAGCCCAAAAGACGGAAUUAUUUGCGAACUCGUGAGCAGGAGCAAAAUCAAAGUCCGGUGCAUGGAAGAAUCCCACGUCAAAAUGCAGCUUUCCCCUUGUCAGCUACACGUUCCCUACGAUCGCUUAAUCAAAUACCCCGAUACUGUUCUCCUCCUAUUACUGCUGAUGAACCAGGUUCUAACUCUAGUCAGUCAGCCAUUCCUGCAGCUGUUGCAUCUGCGUCUUCAAAAUACAGAGCUCUACAAACUGAUUGGCAAUACAAUGUCAAUCUUGCAAGGUCGAAAAUCCAAGGCUUAGGUCUUUUUGCCGCGAGGGAUAUUGAACGAGGAGAGUUCAUUAUCGAAUAUCUUGGUCAGUUGAUCAGAAAUGAAGUUGGUAAUAAGAGGGAACGGCUGUAUGAGUCUCAAGGAAGAGGUAUCUACAUGUUCCGAGCGGAUGAUGAGUGGAUUGUGGAUGCGACAAUGUAUGGUGGACUGGCGAGAUACAUUAACCACUCCUGUGAUCCCAAUUGCGUGGCUGAGGUGAUCUCCUACGAGAAUCAGAAACACAUUGUUAUUAUCGCCAAUCGACUGCUUAAAAAGGGUGAAGAGUUGACUUAUGACUAUAAGUUAGAUAUUGAAGCUGAUAAGAAUGAUCGCAUACCCUGUUUGUGCGGCUCACAGUUUUGUCGUCAGUGGAUGAACUAA